CUGUGCAGAGAGGCUAGAGAGAAAAAAGGAGUCUCUACUGGUCCUUGCGAAAUUCGGGAUUAAAUUGGGAGAGACCGCUUGAGGGAAAUGGAUUCUGUACCCUCACUGGCCAGCGUUUUGACUUUACUAUUCUCCGUCUUGUGGCACAUAGGAUCUACAGCUACAAACUAUAACUGUGAUAACCCAUUAUCAGCCCUGCUGCCUCCAACAGCCUUUUCCAGUUCAUCAGAACUCUUUGGCACUCUCAGCCCAGCCCAACUCAACAGAAGAAUUGGAGCUGGUGGUUGGUCCCCAGUGAAAUCUAAUUCACAACAAUGGCUCCAGAUUGAUCUAGGAAAUAGAGUGGAGAUUACUGCAGUGGCUACCCAGGGAAGAUAUGGGAGCUCUGACUGGGUAACAAGCUAUAUACUGAUGUUUAGUGAUACAGGACGUAACUGGAAGCAAUACAAGCAAGAAGACAACAUCUGGACUUUUUCAGGAAACACCAAUGCUGACAGUAUUGUCCUUCACAAAUUGCUACACUCAGUGAAAGCCCGAUUCAUCCGAUUUGUCCCAAUGGAAUGGAAUCCAAAUGGAAAGAUAGGCAUGAGGGUGGAGGCCUAUGGAUGCUCUUAUAAAUCGGAUAUUGCUGACUUUGAUGGCAGAAGCUCCCUCCUAUACAGAUUCAAUCAGAAAUUGAUGAGUACUUUUAAAGAUGUGAUUUCUUUGAAGUUCAAGAGCAUGCAAGGAGAUGGGGUCUUGUUCCAUGGAGAAGGCCAGCAUGGAGACUAUAUUACACUUGAGCUCCAGAAGGGGAAACUCUCCUUACAUGUUAAUUUGGGUGACAACAAACGUCGUUUCAGUAACAGCCAGCCUUCAGUCACUCUAGGCAGUCUCCUGGAUGACCAGCACUGGCAUUCAGUCCUCAUUGAGAGGUUCAAUAAGCAAGUGAACUUCACAGUGGAUAAGCACACUCAACAUUUUCGGGCAAAAGGAGAUGGUGAUUAUUUGGAUAUUGAUUAUGAGCUCAGUUUUGGAGGGAUUCCAGUCCCAGGCAAACCAGGAACAUUCCUGAAGAAAAACUUUCAUGGAUGCAUUGAAAACCUUUAUUAUAAUGGAGUCAACAUAAUUGAUUUGGCCAAAAGACGCAAGCAUCAGAUCUAUACUGUGGGCAAUGUCACUUUUUCCUGCUCAGAACCACAAAUUGUUCCCAUCACGUUUGUCAACUCCCAUAGCAGUUAUUUGUUACUGCCUGGCACUCCCCAAAUUGAUGGGCUCUCGGUGAGUUUCCAGUUUCGAACUUGGAACAGAGAUGGUCUGCUCCUGUCAACUACACUGUCAGAGGAUUCUGGAAUCCUGCUGCUCUAUCUAGAGGAUAGGAUGCUGAAGCUUGUUAUCCAGAAAAUGACAGAACGCUCCAUGGAAAUCUCCACAGGAAGCAACCUGAAUGAUGGCCUGUGGCAUUCAGUUAGCAUCAAUGCCAGAAGGAACCGCAUUGCUUUGACGCUAGAUAAUGAUGCAGCAUCCGCUGCUCAUGAAACCACUCGGCUACAAAUUUACUCUGGAAAUAGCUACUAUUUUGGAGGUUGCCCAGACAAUUUCACGGAUUCUCAAUGUUUAAAUCCUAUUAAGGCUUUCCAAGGCUGCAUGAGGCUCAUCUUUAUUGAUAACCAGCCCAAGGACCUCAUUUCAGUCCAGCAAGGUUCCCUGGGGAAUUUUAGUGAUUUACACAUUGAUCUGUGUAGCAUCAAAGACAGAUGUUUGCCAAACUACUGUGAACAUGGAGGAAUGUGUACUCAGUCCUGGGCUACCUUUUAUUGUAAUUGCAGUGACACAGGUUACACUGGAGCUACUUGUCAUAACUCCAUCUAUGAGCAAUCAUGUGAAGCCUACCGACACAAAGGAAACACAUCUGGCUUUUUCCACAUUGAUUCAGAUGGCAGUGGGCCCCUUGAGCCACUUUAUGUUUAUUGCAAUAUAACAGAGGAUAAGAUCUGGACUGCCGUGCAGCAUAACAACACAGAGCUCACUCGAGUGCGAGGGGCACAUCCCAAGAGGCCCUAUGUCAUGUACUUUAACUACAGCAGCAGCAUGGAGCAGCUGGAGGCUAUGAUCAACAGUGCCGAGUAUUGUGAGCAGGAGGCCAUUUACCAUUGCAAGAAAUCUCGUCUACUGAACACCCCCAAUGGUAUACCUUUUACAUGGUGGAUUGGAAGAGGCAAUGAAAGACAUCCCUACUGGGGAGGCUCCCUUCCUGGAGUUCAGCAAUGUGCAUGUGGACUGGAGGAGAGUUGUGUAGACAUGAGGCACUUCUGCAAUUGUGAUGCAGACAAAGAAGAAUGGACAAAUGACACUGGCCUUCUUUCAUUCAAAGACCACUUGCCUGUCACCCAGAUAGUUAUCACUGAUACCAACAGAUCAAACUCAGAAGCUGCCUGGAGAAUUGGCCCAUUACGUUGCUAUGGAGACCGGCAUUUUUGGAAUGCAGCCUCAUUUAAUACAGAAGCCUCUUACCUUCACUUCCCCACCUUUCAUGCAGAAUUCAGCGCUGAUAUUUCAUUAUUUUUCAAAACCACGGCUUUAUCUGGCAUCUUCUUGGAAAAUCUGGGCAUUAAAGACUUCAUUCGACUGGAAAUAAGCUCUCCUUCAGAAGUAACAUUUUCAAUUGAUGUUGGGAAUGGUCCCAUGGAGCUCACAAUUCUUUCUCCGUCACCCUUGAAUGACAACCAAUGGCAUUAUGUUCGGGCUGAAAGAAAUCUCAAACAGACUUUUCUCCAGGUGGAUGACCUUCCAGCAAAGAUAUUGGAGACACAAGAGGAGGGACAUUUUCGAUUGCAGCUAACCAGUCAAUUAUUUGUAGGUGGUACAGCAUCAAGACAGAAAGGAUUCCUAGGAUGUAUUCGUUCCUUACAUUUAAAUGGACAGAAACUUGAUCUUGAAGAAAAAGCCAAAGUCACAGCUGGAGUCAAACCUGGAUGCCCCGGACACUGCAGCAGUUAUGGCAACUUUUGUCACAACGGAGGAAAGUGUGUUGAGAAAUAUAAUGGCUACCUGUGUGACUGCACCAACUCUCCAUAUGAAGGACCCUUUUGUAAAAAAGAAGUGUCUGCUGUUUUUGAAGCUGGUACUUCUAUUACAUAUGGUUUUCAAGAACCUUAUCCAGUGACCAAGAAUACAAGUAUUUCCUCCUCAGCCAUUUAUAUGGAUAUUAUGCCAUCACCUAAGGAAAAUAUUGCAUUUAAUUUUUUGACGGGCCAAACACCCAGUCUUCUGCUAUACAUUGACUCUUACACUGAAGACUACAUGGCUGUUCUUCUCUGCAAGAAUGGAAACUUACAGGUUCGAUAUCAGCUGAGUAAGGAGAGAGUCCAUGUGUAUACCAUUGAUGUGGAAAAUUUUGCCAACAGACAAAUACACCAUGUAAAGAUUAACAGAGAUGGAAAACAACUGACUAUUCAGGUGGACCAACAUCCUAAAUACAGAUAUAACUUCUCUUCAGAGGUUGACUUCCGGGCUGUAAGGUCCCUCACCUUGGGCAAGGUCACAGAUAGCCAGGGACUAGAUGCAGAAGUCUCCAAAGCAAACACUAUUGGAUUUGUUGGAUGCCUGUCAUCAGUCCAAUAUAACCACAUAGCACCACUGAAGGCAGCCCUGCGUCAUCCCACCAUUGCACCUGUCAUCGUGAAAGGUGUUUUGGCAGAAGCUAAUUGCAGAUCUGUAAUGGAAGAAGAUGUAAACACAGUGACAACAAUAUACUCUUCAUCAGAUCCUUUUGGGAAGACAGAUGAACGGGAACCCCUCACGAAUGCAGUUAGGAGUGAUUCAGCUGUCAUUGGAGGUGUAAUAGCAGUGGUGAUAUUCAUCAUCUUCUGCAUCAUUGGUAUCAUGACUCGAUUCCUUUACCAACAUAAACACUCACAUCGAACUAAUCAGAUGAAGGAAAAAGAAUACCCAGAAAAUUUGGACAAUUCCUUUAGAAAUGACAUUGACUUGCAGAACACAGUGAGCGAGUGUAAACGGGAGUAUUUCAUCUGAUGGACCCCACAGAUUCCGUUUUUUUUUUUUCUCUUUCUGUUUUCUAUUUGCUCCUUAUUUAUUUUCCUUUUUCUUUUGAGAAGACCCUGCUCUUCUCACCCUACUCCCAAGAAAGUCCCAACAACUAUUAAACCACCUCCUCUGCACAAGACUGUCCUAGUGAUAACGACCACUCAAGAGACCUGCUAUACUACUUUAGACUGAAAAAGAGCCACAUAUGUGCAUGGUUGCCUAGUGAGUUUUUUUGUUUCCACAGUUUCUGAAGUACUUUAUUACAUUUCACAUCUACUCAAUCUCACAGAUCUUAAUCUACACUAUAUGGUUAGUGAUGCAGGAAUUCAUUUAUAAAUUUCCUCCUGACAUGCUUCCAUUUCUGGAAUAGAGAUGAGAACAUCCUGGAUUUUUGAUUUGUUUAGAAGAUACCCUUAAAGGUCCAAGAGAGAUUUUUGUUGCUGCUGUUAUUGUUAACGUACCAUAGAUACUUCCUUCCCUAACUCUCUCCCCUUUUUUACUGAAACUGUUAAGCUCUGAGAAUUUGCAAAUGUAGGAUUACUGAUAGUAGCAACAGGUACAAAGAAAUUAAUGUGCACCUCACUUAACACCCUCUUGAGGGGUCGAUCAUUUAGAAGAGCAUACAAUAGAAUAAAUCUAGCUGAAGCAUGGGAAACGACUAGUAGCUUGAAAUUAAAAAAAGAAAAGCUGCUAAAAUUACAUUUUCUGUAACUUCACAGAUGCCUCUUUUGAAUUUUAUAUGAAAUGUUAGCUAGGCUACAGCCUACUAGUGUCAGGGGUCAAAGAAAAGAUAGCAUAAGAAAAUCCAGGUAAAAUUUCUAAAAUAUUCAGCAUCAUGAAGUAGUAUAUACCCUUAUCACGUAACUUGAAGAACUGCAUGAAAUAAAAUAAAUACUAAAGAUUGGAGUAAAGCAAGCACCAGAUUUCAUUAACCUUUUUGAAAAGAAUCAAUUGUAUUAAAAAAAUUUCUUCUUAUUCUGACCAUUUUCAAAAUACUGUCUGUGACUAGAUGAGUCUUGUUAUGCUAACAUCCCUGGUGAAGUGCAGACUGGAAAUCUUACUAAGUUGGUGGUUUUCAUAUAAAUAUAGAACUAUAUACCCCUUAAAAUAUGUCGUACCUUCUUUGUCCCAAAGAUCCAAAGAUAGACCUCUAUGUAAGCCAGGGGCUGGAGCCUCCAGAUGAUGUGAUUAUUUGAAAAUUCUCUUUGGUAGUUCUUCACAUUUGUUUUGUCUUAUAUUAAUCACAUUGGAAAAAUAUAUUUAAUCUUUUGCCCCAUGACCAAUAUGGAGAAAAGAAAAAGAGAGAAAGGGGAAGCCUCAUCACCAAAUACCAGUGGAAUAAGUCACAGAUGUGGAUGGCACUUGCUAAUUCUGUUUAUAAGACAAACUCAAUUUUGAAAACAAGUACUGUUUUGUGGCUUCUAGGCAGUGACAGUUACUAGAUACUCCAUCUUGUUCUCAGUGUUUAUAUUACAUUCGAUUAUUUAACGCUCCCUUUGGGUGACUCCCAAUAUUGAGCUCAUUAACUCCAUUUUUUUCAAUUUUUUUUUUGCUUUUGGUACCCAAAAUCAUAGGAAAAUUAAUCUUUCUUACAUUUAGUUUUGUCUUAUUUGGGGCCUUCCACUAAAGACUAAGAUUGUUCCUCAUUUUCCAAUGUCUAUGAACUCCUCUAUCACCUCAUCAUUUACAUUAUGUCUUUGUCCUAGUAAAUAUUUUAAGUGAUUCUAAGAAGGAUGCAAUAUCUAUCCCCUUAUAAACAAUUAAAUUUAAUAAAUAGAAAAUAAUUUUAAGUUUAUAUCUUUCUUGUCCAUCUACCAAACCCCACAGAUUGUCAGUUUUAAAUUUCUCUAUAUAAAGAGAGAGACAAAAAGACAGAGAGAGAGAGAGAG